GCUUGACGGCGCUGAAGAGAAACAGCUGGUCUGCUGCGGCUGGAGCGUCUCAACAUGUCGCACACCGUCAUCACGACCACGACGGCCGGCAGCAGGUCCUGCGGGGACGGAGUCCUGAACCUGGGCUACACCCGGACCAUCCCGGGGGUUCUGAAGAUGGGACAGCUGGUUGCCCUGCUCAUCUCCUUCCUGUGUGUGUACUGCACCCAUGGCUGGCCCAGCUGGGCGUCCUUCCAGUUCUUCGAGGUGGUGGCGCUGUGGUUCUUCGUGGCUCUCCUCAUCUUUCUCCUCAUGCACCUGUUCAGGCUGCAGGGGAGGAUGCCCUGCAUCAACUGGCCGCUGACGGAGUUCUUUCAUUACUCGGUGGGGGCCGUCCUCAUCUUCAUCGCCUCCAUCGUCGCUGCUGUCAAAUGUGGAGGAGUCUCUGCUCUGGUGGUCGCCUCGGUGUUUGGCUUCAUAGCUACGUUCCUGAUGGUCGUUAAUCUGUGGACGUCCUACAGCGUCGCCUGCGGCCCCCAGGCAGGUGCUUCCGUGUAACAAACGACCUGAGCAGGCAGCUCUCUGCGUGUCUGCCCGGCGACCGUCUGAAGGAGCAUCCUGAUUGGACGAGGAGCGGAGCUGCAGCGGGACCAGAGGAGCUGAUCCAGGAUCAGACGGACUGUAAAUACCAGAACACGCUGACUGGUUCUGACCGGACCAGAUGGACGUCUAUUAUCUCAGCCCAGAAACACGUUAAAGGUGCUCUGUUUUUCUGACCAAUCACACGUCACAUGGUGAUGACAUCAUCACAGCUGUGUUCUUAGCUUAACGUGUUUUUUAUAUUUUUAACUGUUUUUCGUCUCGUUUUGUGCCAUAAAUCCAAAGAGUCUGAUUCAAAUCCUGCAGCUCUGAAUGAAGCCUCACAUUUU